UGGUGGUCAAAGGUCAAAGGUCUCCUCCUCUCUCCUCCUCCUGUCUCCUCCUCCAGAGUCUCGCAGUGAGUUCCUGGAGAAGCUGCAGCGUGCGAGGAGUCAGGUGAAACCAGUGACGGCCAGUCAGCCCAUCCUGUCCAGCGUGGGUCCCACCAAGCUGACGGUGGGGAACUGGUCCCUGACCUGCCUGAAGGAGGGAGAGAUCGCCAUCCACAACUCGGACGGACAGCAGGCCACCAUCCUGAAGGAGGACCUGCCGGGCUUCGUCUUCGAGUCCAACCGAGGAACCAAACACUCGUUCACCGCAGAGACCUCGCUGGGCUCUGAGUUUGUGACGGGCUGGACGGGGAAGCGAGGCAGGAAGCUGAAGUCGAAGCUGGAGAAGACGAAGCAGAAGGUGAAGAGCAUGGCGAGGGAGCUGUACGACGACCACUUCAAAGCCGUGGAGAGCAUGCCGCGAGGAGUGGUGGUGACCCUGAGGAACAUCUCCACACAGCUGGAGUCCGCCUGGGAGCUGCACACCAACAGACAGUGUAUCGAAGGAGAGAACACGUGGAGGGACCUGAUGAAAACAGCUCUGGAGAACCUGAUCGUAGUUUUGAAAGACGAAAACACGAUUUCUCCGUACGAGAUGUGCAGCAGUGGCCUGGUCCAGGCUCUGUUCACCGUCCUCAACAACAGUGUGGAACUGGACCUGAAACAUGAUUGUAAGCCUUUGAUGGAGAGGAUCAAUGUCUUUAAGGCGGCUUUCAGCGAGAAUGAAGACGACGAAAGGUAACGGCACCAAACACCAUCCUGACUUUUUACUUCAUCAAGCGGUUUGGCUACAAAUAUUAUCACGGUCACAAAAACUCAGGU